AAUCGAUAUGUGAACUCAAUACAAAUAUCGAUAUAAAUUCAAAACAACAACAAAAUUAAAUGGAAGCCGGCUAAUUUUAGAAAAUAUCACUAAAUUACCACCGUUUUGAAAGGAUUUAUUGAACAAUAUGAUGGAAAUAACAUUGGCCGUGAUCAAGCCGCAUGUGCUGCGCAACACAUACGCCCUGCAGCAGAUAAAAUCGCUGAUCGAAAAGAACUUUCGAGUGCUCGAUCAGAAGGAGGUGCACAUUACGAAAGAACUGUCGGAUCGUUUCUAUGCGGAGCACCGGGGCAAAUUCUUCUACCACCGCCUGACCACUUUCAUGAACAGCGGCCCCUGCUAUGCGCUCAUACUGCAGUCGGAGGCCUCCAUACAGAAGUGGCGCCGCCUGAUGGGUCCCACCAAGGUAUUCCGUGCCGUCUACACCGAACCGCAGUGCAUACGUGCGCUCUAUGGGCUGUCCGACACACGCAACGCCUGCCACGGAUCGGAUAGCGAGGCGUCGGCGCUGCGUGAGAUUGGCAUCCUCUUUCCGCAGUUCGAUGUGCUUGCCGUGGCUGAACGCGAAGCCAAAAAGGAGACGUAGUACGCUCGAUACACGAGUCACUUAUUAGCCAAAAUGUUUGGCCAAGCCUCUUUGUAAUUAUAAGACAGCAUCAGAGCAUCAUUUGGAGAGCCCUUGGGUGCUGCCGGUUUCCCACUGCAGCUGCUACAAAGGCUGCUGUAUAACGGAAACUCCCACAUGUCUGUGACUGCCUCUGCUUAGCAGAGAGAGCGAGAGAGAGAGAGAGAGCCGGACAGGAAGCUGAUGAGCCGCAGGACUGCUCUCACUCAUGGAGGACUCGUGACUGGUUCAAGUGGAAGACAAUAUA